AUGCCUCCUCGUCCUUGGCAGAGGGGAUCCGGGAAUGGCCCCGACUCUAAUGGAGAGGCUCUGAUCUCGCAACCUCUGGGUCAGCGUUUUCCAGCCCCGGUCAAGGCUCACAUCGCCGCAGCCACCAGCGAGUUCGUUGGAACCUUUCUCUUCCUUCUGGUCAGACUUUCUGUGUCCUUCUUCACAUGGCUUGCUAUGUUCAAAACUGGGCUGAGAACUGACUCUAUCCAGUUCGCGCUGGGUGCCACCCACGCUGUCAACACGUCUCCUUCCGCCUUGGGAGGAGUAGUCGAUAUCGCCAGACUGCUCUACAUUUCCUUGGCUUUCGGUAUUUCCCUGGCUGUCAAUGUCUGGGCAUUCUUCCGCAUUGAGGGCGGCAUGUUCAACCCUGCCGUUGCCAUUGCCAUGUUCGUCACUGGUGGUAUCGGCCUGCUGCGUCUGGGCUUGGUCAUCGUCGCCCAGCUUCUCGGUAGCAUUGCUGCCUCGGCCCUUGUCGUUGGUCUCCUGCCUGGUGACGGCAUCGCUGCUACGACUGGUCUCGCUAACGACACCUCUGUUGUUCGUGGCCUCUUCAUCGAGGCAUUUCUGACGGCGGAACUGGUCUUUGUCAUCUUCAUGCUGGCAACUGAGAAGCAUCGAGCGACCGCUGUGGCUCCUGUCGCCGUUGGACUGGCUCUGUUUAUUGCCGAACUGACGGGCGUCCGGUACACCGGUGGCAGUCUGAACCCUGCGCGAUCCUUCGGUCCUGCAGUCGUGACCCAGGGGGGUUUUCCCGGCUACCACUGGAUCUACUGGCUCGGUCCGAUCCUGGGCGCCUUACUUGCAGCCGGGUUCUACAAGUUCGUCAAGGCGAUGGAGUUUGAUCAGAUAUCCCCCAACAUUGAUGAACCAGCUCCCAAGAAAUCCGGCCCACCAGCCGGGAGCAAUGGAAUCCGCCAUGAGGAGGGUGAAGCAGCUUAA